CGGCUAUUCGCUGCUUUUUGAAGAGGGGAUUUUCCAGACAUGCGCUGUGUGAAUACCGAGCUGGAAGAUUGAAGGGUUAGCUAGGCCAAGCAGCAGAAACUCUGCUUCAUUCAAUGUUCUCUUCAGCCGCCAGGAGAGCCGUGCCCUAGUCCCGCCGCGUGUUCAUUUUGCCUGACAAAAAUGGAUCAUUUUGAGGAAGACCUAACAUGUUCUGUAUGCUACUCCAUCUUUGAAGACCCUCGUGUAUUGCCUUGUUCUCACACUUUUUGCCGAACCUGUUUGGAAAACAUUGUUCAUGAAUCAGGAAAUUUGUCCAUUUGGCGACAUCUUCGAAUCCCACUAAAAUGUCCUACUUGUAGAAGUAUUGUGGAACUUCCCCCAGUGGGCAUAAGCUCAUUACCAAUAAACUUUUCACUGAUGGGAAUUAUUGAGAAAUACCAGAAAGAGGAACAUCCAAACACUCCAACCUGCACAGAGCACUUCAGGCAACCUUUAAACAUGUUCUGUUUGUUGGACCGUAAAUUGGUAUGCGGUUAUUGCUUGACAGUGGGCCAUCAUCAAGGCCAUCCCAUUGAUGAUCUCCAGAAUGCUUAUAUUAAAGAAAAGGAAACAUGUAGCAAACUUAUUGAACAACUGACUGAAAAACACUGGGCCAAAAUAUCGAUUUUCAUUGAACAACUGGAACAUCAGAAAUCACAAAUGGAACAAACCAUUCAACAAGAAGAAGAAAUCGUCAUCCAGUAUUUUGAGAAUCUGCAAAAAAUAGUGGAAAGCAAAAAACGAGCUUUUCUGGUUACUUUUGAUGAGGUCAACGUAAGAAUUACCAGUGAGUAUGUUCCAUUAAUUCAGAAAAUGCAAAAUCUAAAGGAAGAACAACAUGACCUUCUAACAUCUAGUACGUACUUGGAAGAUGAAAAGGAUCCUUUGAUUUUCCUUGAGAAAGUUCAUAUCUACCGUCAGAGGGUGAAUAAUUUAAUGAAAACCCAGCUUCCUUUUAUUCGGCCAUUGAAUAUACAACCACGAGCAGGACAAUUUCUG